UGCGAGAACCAGGAAAUCACUUUAUCCGGACCAGGCGAGAUCAAAAUUCUCAAUAACAACAAAAAAUCUGUCUCGUUAAAACCCUCAUCGUCCCCUGCCUCCUUCACGCCUGUCUCUGCCUUCAUCAUUCUGCGGUGCUCAGGUACAAACAGGAAACAGACGGAGUUUCACCUGGGACCAGCCUGGUUCUGACCAGACCAGCACUGACCUGCUCAAGUCCAGCCGCAAGUUCUGCUGGUCCAGAGAAGCCCAGUACUUGUAUCUUCGCCGCCUCUCUUCACGCAGCUACUCGGCUAUUAUGAUGAACCCGGUCAUGGAGGAGACCGUGUGGGAGCAGUACACUGUGACCCUCCAGAGGGAUCCAAAGAUGGGCUUUGGCAUCGCAGUGUCAGGGGGGCGGGACAACCCGAAUGAGGAGAGUGGCGAGACGUCCAUCGUGGUGUCUGACGUCCUGCAAGGAGGACCUGCUGAUGGCUUGUUAUUUGAGAAUGACCGAGUGAUGCAGGUGAACGCCAUCCCCAUGGAGGGAGCCAUCCACUCCUUUGCUGUGCAGACCCUCAGGAAGUGUGGCAAAGUAGCAAAAAUAACAGUGAAAAGGCCCAGGAAGGUUCCAGUCAAUCUGCUGAACCGUCCCCCGUCACCUGACGACAGAGUCUUCAACAACGACUACAAUGAUGAUUACAACUAUGAGCAGGACCGCCGCAGUGUGUACAGCGGUCGGAGCGGCGGCGGGCGGGACCACAGCCUGGAUAGGGAGCGAGGCGGUGGAGGCUACAUGGAUUCUGGCUACCACACACAUGAGCGUGACUAUGACAGGGACUAUGACCGGCGGGAACGUGGCAGAAGCACGGAGAGGGACCUCAGCCCAGACCGGCAGUACAGGAGGGACGGCAGCAGAGGUCGCACUUUAGACAGAGAGCGCAGCCCGGAUCGCCGCUACAGGAGCGACAACAUGCUGGACCGUGACUACAGCCCGGACAGAAGGUACCGCAGCGAGCGAGCACUGGACCGAGAGCACAGCCCAGAUCGCCGCUACCGCAGCGAACGAGCCCUCGACCGGGAGUACAGCCCAGAGAGACGCUACCGCAGUGAACGCACGCUGGACCGCACCAACAGCCCCGACCUGCGCUACAGGCCUGACAGCCACAGCCCCGGACGGGGCCAUGGGCGCGACCACAGCUUUGAUCGAGGCCGGGAACGCAUCCCCAGUGACCCGAGGAAGUACGAGGAACCGAUGAAGCGGAGCGGAAGCAGGGAUCGCCUGGACCGCUCACCAUCCCCUGCCGCCAUGCCCAUCCCUCUGCCCCGCCCUACCCGGGACCUGGGGCCGCUGGAAAAACCACUGAGUGUGCUGCUGCAGAAGAACCGUCCCAACGAAGAGUAUGGCCUUCGUCUGGGCAGUCAGCUCUUCAUCAAGGAGAUGACCAGCACAGGACUUGCCAGCAGAGAUGGGAACCUUCAGGAAGGGGACAUUAUACUGAAGAUUAACGGUACGGUGACCGAAAACCUGUCUCUCAGCGACGCGGGGAAGCUGAUUGAGAAAUCCCGCGGGAAGCUGCAGCUGGUGGUGCAGAGAGACAAACGGCAGGUGCUGAUCCGAGUCCCCCCGAUGGUCGACAGUGACUCGGAGCUCGAUGAUAUCUCAGAGAUCGAGUCCUACCGCUCCUACUCGCCACAGGAUGACAGGCGGGGCCACCACUCAGACCUGUCCUCCCACUCCUCCAAUGAGAGGCUCAAAGAGAAGCCCAGAGAGGACCCGCCCAGCAGGCUGGCAAAGAUGGGCGCCAUGCCAACACCAUUCAGAGGUCCUGACCGAGCCAUAGAGGACACACCUCCUUUGCAGGCAGAGAGGGAGGAGUCACCACCAGACACACCACCAGUACCACCAGUCACUGCAGCCUCAAAGGUUCAUGCUCCUCCUAAGGUGCCACUAAAGCCAAGCAUAGAGGACCAGGAAGUAUAUGGACCAAACACAGUGAUGGUGCGUUUCCAGAAAGGUGACAGCGUGGGUCUGAGGCUGGCAGGAGGAAAUGAUGUUGGCAUCUUCAUCGCCGGUGUUCAGGAAGACAGCGCGGCCGAGCAGGAGGGUCUCCGCACAGGAGAUCAGAUUGUGAAGGUGAACAACAUAGACUUCAGAGGCAUGGUGCGUGAGGAUGCUGUUCUCUACCUCCUGGAGAUUCCCAAAGGGGAGGAUGUAACCAUUCUCGCUCAGAGUAAACCUGAAGUGUACAAGGACAUUUUAGCGUCGGGCAGAGGUGACUCUUUCUUCAUCAGGACCCACUUUGAGUAUGAGAAGGAGGCUCCUCAGAGCCUUCCUUUCUCCAGAGGAGAGAUCUUCAAAGUGACGGACACGCUUUAUGAUGGGAAGCUGGGCAACUGGCUGGCAAUCCGCAGUGACAAAGACAACCAGCUGCUGGAGAAAGGAAUCAUUCCCAACAAGAGCAGAGCAGAGCAAAUGGCCAACGUCCAGAAUGCUGCUCGAGCCGCAUCAGGCAACGACAGAGGAGACUUCUGGAGGCUGAGAGGUCAAAGGGCAGCAAAGAAGAAAGAUCUCCGCAAGAGCCGAGAGGACCUGAGUGCUGCUCCAGUCACCACACGGUUUCCUGCCUACGAGAGAGUGGUCUUACGUGAAGCUGGAUUCAAGAGGCCUGUGGUGAUAUUUGGGCCCAUUUCGGAUGCAGUAAACGAAAAACUGGCCAAUGACAUGCCAGACGAGUUCAUCAUCGCCAAAACGGAGCCCAAGGAUGCAGGAACUGAGAAAUCCUCCGGUGUGGUGAGACUUAACACCAUUCGACAGAUCAUCGAACAGGACCGCCACGCUCUUCUGGAUGUGACUCCCAAAGCUGUGGACACUUUGAACUAUACCCAGUGGUAUCCCAUCGUCAUCUUCCUGAACCCAGACAGCAAGCAGGGCGUCAAGACCAUGAGGAACCGCCUGGUGCCGGGAUCCAGCCGCAGCACACGCAAACUGUACGAGCAGGCCGUCAAGCUGAGGAAGACCUGCUCACACCUUUUCACUGAUACCAUUGACCUGAACUCAGCCAAUGACGCGUGGUACGGCAGCGUGAAAGAUUCUAUUAGGGAACAGCAGGACAGAGCUGUGUGGGUGUGUGAGGGCAAGCUGGAUGGUACAGAAGAGGACCUGGAUCUCCAUGACGACCGCAUGUCCUACCUGUCAGCAAUGAGCGCUGACUACCUGAGCAUGGACAGCCGCCUGACCAGCGACUACGAAGACACAGCCGAUGAGGGCGGCGCUUACACCGACAAUGAGCUGGACGAGCCACUGGAUGAGCCCCAGCCCGUGUCGGCCAUCAGUCGAUCCUCAGAGCCCGUCCUGCCAGACGAGAGGCUUCACCCUGAACCCCGGGCUCGUAUGAGGAGGUCAGGGAGCAGAGAGAUGCUUAACAGAGAGCCCAGCCCUCCCCCUUCUUUUGUCCCCGAACCCCCAAAGGUGCGGACACAGACUCGGACUGACUCAUCUCGGAGCUUUGACUCACGCUCCAGUAGCACCAUCAGCAGCGACGCGGCGGGCGGAAACAAGCCGCUUCCCCCUCCCGUGGCCCUGAAGCCCACCGUCGCCCGUCUGAACCAGCCCACGGAGGAGCACAGCCCGGAGAAGGAGGAGGACCCUGCCAGCAAAUCCUUCCUCGGAAAGAUUCAAGCGUUUGAGAAGAUGGACCACCUGGCCCGAGCUCAGAGGAUGCUGGAGCUGCAAGAGGCAGAGAAUGCUCGAUUGGAAAUCGCCCAGAAGCAUCCAGACAUCUACGCCAUCCCAGUGAAGCUGCCAAAACCCAACCUCAGCCGUCCUCAGCCAAUAGGUUCAAGCUCCAAACCUGAGCCCCAGACUCCAUCCAGGCCACCGUACUCAGAGAGAGGAUACGAUGACGACGAUGAGGCCGACUACCGCAGACAGCUGGCCGACCAGACCAAGAGAGGAUACUACAAUCCUCAGAAAUACAAAGACACCGAGCUGUAGGCCUGGAAACCAGGAUGUGACACCAUCACCACACGCCAACCGAUUCCUCCCACGUCAUCGCUACAAGAGGUCACAGCUCGUCGCCUUGGUAACAGCUUAUGCAGCUUUACCUUAGUGUAAAGUCUGUGAACUUUUUCUUGGUAGUCAGAUUCCUGGAAAGACGUUUUCACUUUCACUGUCGACUCACUGCAUGUUCUACUUCACACACGUUUGUACAAAAAGUACCUUCACACCUGUCCUGUUUUUUUUGUUUUUACAUGUGACGUCUCAGUGUGUGUACAUAUGAAUAUAUAUUUUGUUCUUAUGUGUCUGAAAAGGUUUUUGUUACAAGUGAGUCUAGAUUUUACCCCAGUUUGUGCCUCUCACCCAUCACCGUUACAUUGAAGUCACAGAGCAAAGCAUCAGAAAAAGAAAACACUUUUCUGCCAUUCUGAGUGUUUUUCCAGAAUCCAUGAAGACAUUUGUGACCAUUGAGGUGGAAAAAAAAAAGUCUUUGAAUUUUCUGGAAAUGUCCUCAGAACAUCAUCAAGUGUUGUUUAACAGUCCUCUAAAUGUUUCAAAGAUCAUCAUAGAUUCAUCUUACAGGAAGACAGAUGAUCAGCUCUGUUACCAGGACGUAAAGGUGAAACGUGAGAUGCAGAAACUGUAGCUAACACCAUGCUGCACCCAAACCACUGAUAGGAUACUAAUUUUUUUUUUUUUUUUUUUUUUUUGAUGCCUCUACAUUCCUAGUUGUAUAAACACAACGUUCUGGGGUGCAGCACAUUUUAAAGUGCCUUGCAGCUCUGAUUUCAGUUUGGAAAGAACCAAAAAAAAAAAAAAAAAAAGUUACUGACAGCAGGAGGUUACUAAACUAACUAAACAACCUGAAGCUCAGUCCAAAUAAGGUGCAUGGUGAUUUUCUGUUCAUUUCACACUACCAGUGUUUUCACCAGCACACUGUUGUCAAAAUACGAAAAGUUGUAGAUUUAAAGAUGAUGGCGUGAAGAAUUUUUAAGGCUUGGAUUUAGAGGGUGCAGCACAGCAUAAAGCGGACGUUCCUGACAAUCACAUUUUUAUCAUGUGUAAUGUUUUUAUAUUGUGGCUAAACUCAGUCAAGUCUUUGUUCAUGGGAGUCUGGGGAACGUGGUGACGACAAUCAUGUUGGUUGAUCAGUUUCUUUUAAAUGUCUGAUUUUCUUUUUUUUUUUAAGUUUGUGAUCUCCUGAGUGUUACAGGAAAUUCAGUAAAUAAAUCUCUUUUUUUUUUUUUUUAAACAUUGUGUCUUCUUAGAAAUUUCAGGUUGCACUUUUAGUUACUGGAGGAGUUUGGAGAGGUUGAAGUUUAGGCUGUGCUCCAAACAAAUUGUAUUAUCCAAACUAUGAACUAACUGUUCAAGUGGGUUAAAGGGCACACACAUGUCCAGACAGUCCAUUCACAAAGGCCUUGAGAGAGAAUUUCAAACCUCAAAUCUAAUCUCUAACCUCUAAAUCAAAUUUGCUGUGAAUUCUGGGUAAAACAGUUAAAAUUAAUAGAAAAGUUCGGCUUUGAUUCAGAAAAUAUGUUAAAAGAUAGUGGCUGAGUUUGAAGUGUUUCUUGUGUACCUCCAUGGAGUAAUGUCUCGUCUUGCUCUUGAACCGGAACUGAAUUCAUAUUCUGAAUCAACAGCUGACUGCAUGCUAUGGAAACCCUGAGAGGCAAAAAAAAAAAAGAGGAGACAAAACAAUUUA